AUGGAGCAAUCACUCAACAACAUCCAAUUGCACGACGACUGGGGUGUCUAUGUGUCCGAAGAUGACGAAGACGAAGUUACUGAACUUACCGAGGGCAUUGACGGUUACAUCGUGCGCGUGGAAGUUCCUGGACCUCCUUGUUAUCCUGUGACCAUCGGUGGGCUCAUCCAGGGCGGUGGUAAGUCCUAUCGCAUCGAGCACAAGCUCGGCCACGGCGCAUUCUCAACAGUAUGGCUAGCUUUUGAGGUCGGCACUGGUACCUCAGUCGCACUCAAGAUUCAUCGCACUCUUACGACGGCAGUUGCGUGUUUCCACGCUCACAACCUCAUCCAUCGCGAUAUCAACGACAAUAACGUCAUGCUCGGAAUUGUCCCCGGUGCUCUCGACCAAGGACCGACGCCUUCAGAACGUUACAACCAAGUCGGUCGCCCACAGAAGUUUCCCUUGCCAACAUGCGAAUGGAUUUGGAGGCCAGGGGACCUCGUUGCGCCCAUUGGAUGGCCAUCCAAUAUGGUCGCCAAGACAGCCUUCUUGAGCGAUUUCGGCUUGUCGAUGCGCGCUGGCUCUCCAAUAACGGACGACUGCCUCCCGCCAUUACCGUGUGUUUCGCCAGAGCUCUUCCACGAGGGCUUUGGGCCCACCUACGAGUCGGACAUGUGGGGAUUCAUGUGCGUCUUUGCUACUCUGAUGACUAGUUCCAGUCUUUUCGACGGGUGGAGCGCCCCCGGUCCUUUGGGUUGUAUGGCCCGUGUUAUAGGACCACUGCCUAGGGAAUGGGACGGACGAUACAAGUGGCCGCGUCUUUACUCGGAGGAGGAGCGCCGCAAGUGGUAUGACCAGUCAAGAACCGCAGAUUAUCCUUUUGAGGCUCUUUUGGGCCUUUCCAGGGAGGAUCUGAAGGGGUCAAGAGAGCAAGAACUGGUAUCGGAUGUGUUGCACAAGGGCUUUAAAUAUCAGCCUUCGGAGAGAAUCACAGCGCAGCAGCUCUUAGAUGAUGCGCCAUUUCAGGAACUUAUGUCGAUUCAUGGAAUAGAAUAA